ACAAACAAAAACAAAACCCUGAUGGCGCUAAAUGUUCCAGCAAACAAAUCCAUCAGGCUUGUUUCCUAUGGGUUUGCUGAAUUUUUGACGUCUGCAACUGAAAAACAGACGCGCCUCCGUCAUCAUGAGAAUAAUCUAGACUCGCUGCAGCUUCAAUUCAUCUAUAAUAAUAAUAAAACAAAACUGCCAUGUUCCUUUCCCAGAACUGACCUGAACCUCCUCUCCAACCUGUUUUUUUUUUUUACUUUUCCCCUCGGUGAGCUCUCAGAAUGCGGCCCCCCCACCCGGCCUGUAAAGCUUGGAGCCUCCUGCUGUCCUCACCUCCUCAACAGGCUCCUUGUUCGGCCUUCAAGCUCUCAGUGUCUUUGUGGACUGAAGCCUUUUUGUGCUCAAACAUGGGCAGAAAAGAAGGGAUGGAAGAGAAAGAGGAGGAGGAGAAGAACAGGGACAAACGAACACAGAGCACAGCGGUCCUCGCAGGACGACACGGAUUUCCUUUUCUCCGUUCUGUUGGUUUUGAAGGACCGAACGAAGCAAUGAGGAGCCACAUGACGUAGUUCUGUUGUCGGACGUUGUUUUGUUCGCUCCCGUUGACACGAUUCUGAGCUGGGAUCUGAUUCAGGGUCAGAGUAUCCGACCUUUAAUAGAUUAAUCCCUCGCUGUGACUGUGAAAUAAUCCUCUUGCAUCAUGAAAAAAAAAACAAAAAAAAACGCCCUGACCGUCAAAAAGGGUGGGAGCACCAAACUGCUUCUCUUCUUCUUCCACGUUUGAGGACUGGACCACUUUUCCUGCCAACACACAUCCAGCUUCAGUUUGUCAGUUUUCAUCAAUUUCUGUAUGAGACAUUUUGAAAUGAUUAAGGUGACGCGUGACACCGUUUCCAGGGAGAAUGGGACCAAAGAACAACUGGAUGUCUCCAUGGAUUGGUAUUCACAAUAGUCAGAGUCUGCGGACAGCGGCAUCGGGGACGGGGACGAGCUGCCGGUUCCUCAGCAGAUCCUGAUCAGCAACGUCACAUGCGACUCCUUCAAGAUCAGCUGGAACAUGGAGAGCAGAGGCCAGGAUCGGAUCACGCAUUACUUUGUUGACCUGAACAAGAAGGAAGACAAGAGCUCCAACAAGUUCAAGCACAUGGACGUACCGACCAAGCUGGUGGCCAAAGCGGUUCCUCUGCCGAUGACGGUCAGAGGUCACUGGUUCCUGAGCCCUCGGACGGAAUACACCGUGGCCGUUCAGACAGCCACCAAGCAGCCUGAUGGAGAAUACGCUGUUUCUGCUUGGAGCGAGAUCGUCGAGUUCUGCACAGCGGACUACUCCACCGUCCAGCUGAAGCAGCUCCUGCUGAAAGCCGAGGCCAUCGCCGGCAGGAUGUUACCGUUCACCGUCUUCUACAGAAACCAGCAGAGGGAGUACUUCCAACCAAACAGCCAAUAUUACCGCUCCAGAGAUGCUCAGUGCUGUCGCAUGCUGCCGUCAGUGAAGGACAACAGCGGCAGCCACGGCUCACCCAUCAGCGGUAAGCUGGAAGGAAUCUUCUUCAGCUGCAACACAGAGUUCAACACUGGGCGACCUCCGCAGGAUUCUCCGUACGGGCCGUACCGCUUCCAGAUCCAAGCAGACCUCCUGUUCAACCAGAACACCAAUGCCUACUUUGGGGAUUUUUACUGCAUGUACACCUCGUAUCACUAUGUCAUUGUGGUCCUGGCCCCCAGUGGCUCCAAAGGGGACAUUUUUUGUAGAGGUAAGCUGCCAGCCUUGGAUAGGUCAAACAACUGCUUCCUGAGCUGCGGUGAGGAAGAGGACGGCUCGCUGUCCUUCCGUCACGCUCAGGACGUCAUCCUGGAGGUGCUCUACACGGAGCCGGUGGAUGUGUCUCUGGGGACGGUGUCACAGAUCAGCGGGCACCAGCUGAUGAGCCUGUCUACCCUCAACGCCAAGAAAGACCCCAGCUGCAAGGUCUGCAACAUCAGCGUGGGACGUUAGCGGCUUCUGCAGACAGUAUGACCAGCUGACCCCAUGGUAACAAACACAGGAGGUACUAACUGACUUUAACUCUACUGGUUACGUGCCCAGCCGAAAGGGUCCUCCCAGAAACCAGGCUCCUGGAUUGGUUCGGCAUCAGCAAGACAGCGCCCUCAUCUGGUCGCUUGGAUGAAGAUGGUGCAGGAUGGAUAAAGAAAACAUGGAAACUGCUGUUGGUUUCCUCCGCCAGUCUGUUGUUUUUAUAACCUUUUCUGUCUGUUUUUAUUGUUCCCAUGGCAAUCGAUGUCGGUUUACAAAAUAUGCAUCUAAACCCCAAAAGCUUAGAGAUUAUCAUUGCCUUAUCUUUUGUUUCAGUUGAGCUCUUCUGCAAAUUAAGUGUCUGGGUCGGGGGAGGUUGCGAAAUCGAAAUAAAAGCUAGAAACAAAACUAAUUCAAAUGGCAACAGAAGACUUUGUUUGGGUAGUUUAUGUCAGACUGUUAGUCAGUGGAGAAUAACGUCUAGAUGCUGUGAAUGUUCUGUCUUCAGAGUCAAUAAACAGAAAUGUUACCUGAAAAAA